AGCAGGAACCGCGGCUGCCGGCGCUGGGAGCCUUGCCAGCCUGUCUCUUCUCCUCCCAGUGGCAGGAACUCCUUUGUUUUUCUGGGAAUAUUGAUUUCUUCUGACCCUUGAACCCUGCGGACUGAGCUUGUGCUCCAGCUUAACAAAGCAAAUGUGACCAUGGUGUCUGGGGAAAGGUGCCCAGUGGGAGCAGCUCACCAGGUGCCCAGGGAGAGGACCACCCACAUGCCAGCAGCCCCCCUGCUCGUGGAGCCACGCUAUGAGGUGGAGGUAGCCCCAGUGGCCAGCCAGCAGCAGGAGGGAUGGCCCAGUCCCGUGCCAAUGGCUCACACUAUGCCCUGACGGCCAUCGGGUUGGGGAUGCUGGUCCUGGGCAUCAUCAUGGCCGUCUGGAACAUCCUCCCUGGCUUCAGCCCCACCAGCAACAGCAGCAAACCCGAGCGGGGCAGUGAGGGGGCUCUGAAAAGCAAAACCUUCUCGGUGGCCUACGUGCUGGUGGGGGCAGGUGUGCUGCUGCUGCUGCUCUCCAUCUGCCUCAACGUCCGCGACAAGAGGAGGCAAAGUGAGGACCUCACACACGUGCAGUACCCAGGGGAGCCCUCGCAGCAGGAGGAAAGUUUUUUCCCCUCUAGCCAAGAAGAGGAUGAGGACACAUCUUCCCAGUACUACGUCCCCAGCUACGAAGAGGUGAUGAGCACAGGCUACACCCAGCCCAGAGACUUGGACAGGAGCAACAGGAUCAGUGUCUCCUUGCCCUCCUACGAGUCCCUGACAGGGCUGGAGGAAACCAACCCUACCCCAGGAGCCAGCAGCGUGGAGCCCAGCAGGGAGCAGCCCCAUGGCCGGCACAGCUCCCGGCACAGCAAGCGCCUGAAGCCUCUCAAGGUCCGAAGGAUCAAAUCAGAGAAGCUGCACCUGAAGGAUGUCAGGUUAAACCUGGCCCAAGGGAACAGCACAGCCCCCAUCACCAUAGAGCCACUGACCCCUCCACCCAAGUAUGAGGAGAUCCAGGAGAAGGUGCCAGAGACUUAAAAAUGACUUAAAAAAAAAACCCAAAAACAACAGCAGAGGAACCCGUGAUGCUGCUGGGGUUUUUUUUGUUCUGUUUUGUUGUUGUUAUUGGGGGAAAAAAUACCAACCCACACAAGGAAGAGCUGAGUCUGUGGGGCAGAAAUGGUCAGGGCUCCCUGGGAGCUGCAGUGUGGAGGACAGGGUGGGUGUAGAGCUCUGUGGCACAGAGCCAGGAUGAGCUUUACCCAGGAGGGGAUUUUACAAAAGACCUGAGGACAGAAAACUGAAUGCCAAUGGCUCUGCUGCCCUGAGGUCAAGGAAGGCUGAAGUACUAAAAAUGUCCUUGUGAUGUUCAACAUAAGAACACCCCAUGUAUCUCCUCUCUCCCCAACCCCUUUGCACUGGCAAGAGUUUCCCAAGCCACCAAACUGCUGCCACACCAGAAUUUUCCGAGUUGAAAAGGGCAAUGCUUCUUUUUCUGUGUGUGUGCCUUUUCUUUCUGAGUAAGGGAAGUGCCAUUGCCAGAGCAGCUUUCCCCAGCUCCCCUCCAGGCUGGGAUGGUGGCCUAGGGCCAGCCCUGACUCCUGCCAAGCUCCUGGGGGCAUGAAGUAGGAUGAAACAGCCCCUGUGCUCCUUGGGCAGAGGAUGGAUUUCGUGCCUCAGUUGCUUUCUCUGUUGUGUUUUGUACUUAGAAGUGAAGGGGUGGUUGGUUUGAGGCAGAUGGAUAAAUGCAGUCGGGGGGGUAGCUGAGUUGCACCUCUCCCUGGAGGUGAAACAAGUGCUGAGAUGCUGUGUGAGCAGACCUGUUCUCAAUAAAGUUUUG